UAGGGGCAGUAUUGCUGACUUUACGUCGUAUAGUCCGCCUACGUUUUUCUUUACGGAUAAAGCAGUCUGGCGACCCUCUCCACUCCCAAUCUCAUUUCUAGGCCGGGUUAGUCCCAGCAACAGCGCUGUUUACAAGAGAGCAUACGACUAUACAGCUGUACAAUCGCCAUCCAUCCUUUUAAGAAUUACACUUUUGUGGAUAUACACCAAUACCAUUCAUCUGGAAAUAUAUAACGUCAACCAAACGAUUCAGAAGGCACUAGGGAAAGACGCAACAAAAAAUUUCCAUACUCGAUGACAUUACAUCGCAAUGUCCGAUCGUUUGGGGCAAAUAACCAAGUCCAAGGAUGGGAAAAGCAAGUACUCCACACUCAGUCUAUUUGACAAGUACAAGGGAAAAUCAAUAGAAACUCAGAAAAACGCAGUUCCACGACAUGGCUUACAGAGUCUUGGCAAAGUGGCCGCAGCCCGGCGUAUGCCCCCACCCGCUCACCUGCCGAGCCUGAAGUCUGAAAACAAAGGAAACGACCCCAACGUCAUUAUUGUGCCCAAAGACGGAACAGGAUGGGCAAACAAGCAGGAACAACCGGAUCAAAAGAGUUCUAUUGCGUUAACAGCACAGCUGCCGGAGUUGCAGCCGCAGCUGGCUUCACAGAAGUCUGUUUCCAAUCUUCAGAAGGCCACGCCAGUAGCCAACCAGGAGAGCACAAACCCAGGUGGACCGAAGCAAUGGGCCCAGCUAAAUGGAAAGGCGAAAGAGCUAGAUGGUUCAAGGGUCUUAAACCGACUUCAGCCCUUCUCUCACGAGGAAUUUCCCACGCUGAAGGCCGCUGGGGAACAGGACAAGGCUGGCAAGGAAAGAAGCGUCUUCGAUCCGUCGUAUGGGCCCGGACCAAGCCUCCGCCCGCAGAAUGUGACGAGCUGGAGGGAGGGUGGUGGCAGGAACCUGCAGCCCUCCUCGCCCCUUGGUCCGCCAGCCGACCCUGAGGGCAAGCCCCCCGCCGCGGCUGAGACCGGCGCCUCCCCCGCCCCCCCCUCCUCCUCCGUCCCCUCCUCCAACUCCAACUCCUCCUCCUCCAACGCCGCCGUCUCCUCCGCCAUCGCCCCCGGCAUCUCCACCUCCUCCUCCCACUCGCUGGUCCCGGCCCAGCCCGCCGUCCCCGACCCGAAGGAGAUCUCCCUGCGCCCCGCCCAGCCCCUGCGGAGGACGGUGGUCCCCACCGCCCUGCAGCACCAGCUCCACCACACCUCCAACGCCGUCUACCACGACAUGCUGCCCGCUUUCAUGUGUUCCAAAGACACGCGCGAGACCCCCGGGGCCGUCGACAUCGCCCCCGUCGCCGCGGUGACGGCGCCCGCCCGAUUCGACAACAGGCCCGCCCGCCAGAACUUCACCAACGCUUCAGAGCACGUCAACGGUGACGUGCGCCGGGGGGAGACGCGCUUCGUACGAGCCCCCGCUCGCCCCUCUUCCCAGCCCAUCCGCCGGCCCGGAGAGAGACCCCCGCGGCCCGCCAUCAUCAACCCCGAGGACCUGAGGGAUCUGGACGAGCUGGACGUCAACUGUGAGGACGGCUGGGCAGGACUUCACGAAGAGGUAGACUACGGAGAGAAGCUUAAAUUCAGUGACGAUGAAGAGGAACAUGGCGGCAAUAAGAAGGGCAAGAUGUGGGCCGAGUGGGAGCGCCAGAGGGCCAACCAGCGUGACCGGCAGGCCUCCGUCAGCUCCAACGACGGGGCCUACCUCCACGAAGCCGCCGAGGACAUCUACACCCAGCACCACCUCCACCAUACCGAGCCCCAGAGGAAAGUCAACGGAAAAUACUCCCCCGCCGAAACCCAGGCCCCGCAGAAGAGCUCUGCUCCUGGCCCCGCCGCCGCCCCCCACCCGGCGGAGCCCCUUGAGGACCAGGACGACCACCUGCACCCCGCCCAGCCCGCCGCCGCCGCCGCCCCCAGGGCCAAGUUCGUGUCCCCCGAUCUGUCGGAGGCGGUGGAGCGCGCCCGGCGCCGCCGCGAGGAGGAGGAGCGGCGCGACCGCGAGGAGCGGCUGGCCGCCUGCGCCGAGAAGCUGAAGCGGCUGGACGAGAAGUUCGGCAAGACGGAGCGCCAGACCUCGCGCUCCGACGACGGUAGCAAGGACGGCGAGGGCAAGGAGCCCGCUGCCGCCGCCGCCGCCGCCGUCGCGUCCCCCAAGAGGGAGCCCAGCAAAGCCCACCCGGACAGCUGGCAGUACGCCACGAAAGAGGCCAGCGAGUGCCCCCCGGACCACUCCCCCGGCUACGAGUACCGCGAGGAGCCCUGCUUCCCGGCCUACCGCGCCAGCGAGGACGACGCACAAGAGCCCACGUCCCCGCAGAGCGACGGCAGCGCCGGGCGCCAGACCUCCAAGCCCAUCGCGCCCCGCUUCCAGAAGCAGCAGGCCACGCCCCCUCCGCCACAACAGCCGCAGCACCAACAACAACAGCAGCAGCAACAGCAGCAGCAGCAACAACAACAGCAGCAGCAGCAGCAGCAGCAACAACAGCAGGAGCAAGUGUACAAGAUGCAGCACUGGCAGUCGAGCCACUCGGCCAGCUCUGGCUCCAGCCACCCCCAGCGCGGCUACUACCCCUCCCACGUGCUGGGCUUCGACCCCCGCUGGAUGAUGAUGCCCCCGUUCAUGGACCCCCGCAUGGCCCCGGGCCGGUCCCCUGUGGACUACUACCCCAACUCUGUCCACUCUUCAGGAAUGAUGAAGCCCAUGCUUCAUCCAGACCACCUCAACAGUCCCGGCUCUGACGACGGCUGCCAUCCCAGCAUGCACCAGGAGAGGAGGGCUCCGUCCACCGAGCCCUACCCCAUGUGGAACCAGGACGGCUACCCCCUGCGGAGCUUCACGCCGCCCUACCAGAGACAGCACGAGAGCUCGGAGGGCGGCCGGCCAGACGACCGAGGAGACCUCGGCUGCCCCCAGCAGAGCGCUUACGAAGAGAGGGCCAACGAGUGCCUGGAGCCCCCCGCCGAGGACCUCCCUCACCAGAGCUACCACCAGAACCCCCGGGCCCCCGACCGGGGGGAGCACCAGCGCCAUGACCAGGGCCUGCUCACCACGGCCCAGGGCCACGGCCAGCGCUCGGACGGCGACUACCACAAGCACGACCCCAGAGAGAAGCACUCAAAGGACGGCCCGGACCCGCGCGACGAGGCCUUCGACCAAGGCUCCAAGGACAGUUGGAGGAGAGACGGCGGCGGCCAGGCUAAGGACGGAGGCUCCGCCGGCGGCCCAGACCAGUGGGCCGACGCCGCCCCCAGCGGCGGGCCCAGCCAGCCCCCCGAGGGCGGCGGGCGCACCCUGGUCCGCAGGACCGGCCCCAUCAAGAAGCCCGUGCUGAAGGCGCUCAAGGUGGAGGACAAGGAGAACGAGAAGCCCCGGCCCGAGCCCGAGGAGAAGAUGGUGCCGCCGUACCGCCUAGAGAAGGAGGUGCUCACCAACGUCUACGACCUGAAGAAGGACAGCCAGCCCAUCAGCAGCCGGCGCGCUGCCUCGCCCGCUGUCGAAAAGCAGCAGCAGCAGCACGCGGAGGAGAAGCAGCAGCAGCAUCAGCCUCCGCCUGCCGCCGCCAAGCCGGAGAGGGCCAUCAGCACCCAGACGGAGGACGCGCCCAAGGAGGGCGGCGGCUGGGACACGGGCACCAAGAGCAGCCAGUUCGCCAGGGACGAGGCGGAGGCCCGCGACUCCCAGGCCCCCCGUCGCAACAACUGGAUCUUCAUCGACGAGGAGCAGGCCUUCGCAGGGGCCAGGGGGACGGGUCGAGGGCGGGGCCGAGGAUUUCGGGAGUUUAACUCGAGCGGAGGUGGACGAGGAGGAGUGGGCGGAGACAGGGAGAGAGGAGGCGGGGAAAGAGGAGGAGGAGGCCGGGGGGCUAAAGGGGGAGAGAACCUUCGCGGUGGCUACGGGAAGAACAACAACAACAGCAGCAGCAACAGCAGCAUUAGCAGCAGCAUCAGCGGCAGCGGUGCCGGGGGUCGUGGCGUGAGCCGCGGCAGGGGCCCGCCCAGAGACUUUGUCCAAGUGGAGGACAUCCAGAGGGGCAAGCCCCGCCGACGCAACGUCAGCGAGACCCUGAGCGAGACCUCGGAGUACGAAGAGCUGCCCAAGCGGCGUCGCCAGAAGGGGUCCGAGAACGGCGAGGGGUACGUGGAGCCCGCCGAGGGGGUCCGCAAGGCGGACCGGGACUCCUGGAGGUCCAACAAGACGUACGCCGAGGACCAGGCGGCCAUCGACGCCAAGGAGAAGGCCAAGGCCGGCCGCGGGGGCUUUGUGAGCCGCACGCUGCCCCCCAGGAUGAACGCCGCCCCCGCACCCACCGGCGGCGGCAGCGGAGGAGGUGGAGGAGGUGGUGGUGGAUACAGCAGAGGCUUUGGGGGCCCCAGGGACAUCUCCACCUGGAGGGGCCGCGGUGCCCAGUACACCGGCGCCGGGGGCCCCAUGCAGGAGAACGGCUACGGCCCCGCUGCCGCCGACGCGGCCUACCCGCGCCGGCAGGCCCCCGCCGCGGAGCGCGAGGCCCUCAAAUACCCGCCCAAGUUCUCGGUUCCGUUCGCCGAGAACGGCGGCGAGGAGCGCGACGGCGAGUACUACCCGGACGGCGAGAGCGCCGACCGGCAGGCGCUGAGGCGGCGCCGGCCGCCGCGCCAGGACAAGCCCCCGCGCUUCCGCCGCCUGCGGCAGGAGAACGAGCCCGGCUCGGGCCAGUGGAACAGCGAGCAGUACGCCAACGGUGGCGGCGGUGAGGGGGGCUUCGCCAACCCCUGGCCCAACCGCCCCAAGGCGGCCGGCGAGGAGGGCUGGCCCGCCGCGCACUACGCCGCGCAGCACGGGGGCCAGGCCGAGGACUGGGAGUCGGGCUCGGAGAACAGCGACUUCGGGGACUGGAGGGAGAAGCGAGGAGGAGGAGGAGGAGGAGGAGGGGGCGGGCUCCAGCAGGGGCACGGCGACGGCCCCUCGGAGCACGGCGACGCCGGGGAGAAGCGGGAGAUGUCCAAGAGGAGCUUCUCCAGCCAGCGGCCCCUGGUGGAGCGGCAGAACCGCAAGGGGGAGCCGGCGCUGCUGGAGGGCGGCAAGGCGCCGUCGGGCAGGGCCGACAGCUGGCAGAACGGCGGGGCUCCCUGUAAGAGCAGGAGCCCCGAGGCCUACGUGGAUCAGCCCGACGACAGGGAGCCCAGCGACCCCUCUGGGAAGAAGCUAGACAAGGAGCUCAAGCAGGGCUCGGGGAAAUCCGACAUGGUGGAGCCGCUGUCCCAGUAUGACCUCAACAGCUACCCGAUUGAGAGUGAAGGCCAGGGCUCGGACUCGUACCAGGACGCCCUGUCUAAGAAGCAGCGACGCCCCCAGGAGGACGACCGCAGGAGGAAGGAGCAGGCCGCCGUUCCACUCAAGAGCCGACCGCUGGCCUCCAAGAUGCCCCCCCGCUUCGCCAAGAAGCAGGGGGGCAUGGGCAUGGAGCAGCAGGAGGACUCUCUGUCGUCCAACAACCUCGGCACGGAGAUCUGGGAGACCAACAAUUCAGCUCUGUCAGUGCAGUCUUCAGGAGGAGACUCCUGGACCAAACAAGUGUCCUACACGGGCAGCGAGCCCAACUCUGAGGACUCGGACGCCGGGCCGGAGCAGAGCAAGGAGCAGCACAAGCCCGGCCCCAUCGGCAACGAGCGCUCCCUGAAGCACCGCGGCAAGGGCCCCGAGGCGUCGGAGCGGCUGGAGGGCGUGGGCGGGCCCAUCAGCGCGCCCGUCAACGGCGUGGACCUCCACGGCGACCCGGGGCUGCCCGGCCCGCCCAUCGAGUUCGGCGUGAGCGCCAAGGACUCUGACUUCAGCCUGCCGCCGUGCUCGGCCGCCGUGGCCGUGUCCAGCCCCGUCGCCAAGCUGCAGGACCCGCUCAACACCAACCCGGCUCUGAACCAGGGCAUACCCAUGCUGCGCUCCAACCACCUGCAGCCAGGCAUGAACCUCAACACCAUGUCCUUCCCCAGCGCCGACCUCACACUCAAGAUGGAGUCGGCCCGCAAGGCGUGGGAGAACUCCCAGUCACUCCCGGAGCAGGGCUCCCCCGUGGGGGGCGUGUCGGGCUCCCAGCCCCCCUGCUCCUCCAGCGUUAGCUACAGCUCCUUCGGGGGCGUCUCCAUGCCCCCCAUGCCGGUGGCCUCCGUGGCUCCCUCCAUGUCCCUGCAGGGUAACCACAUCCCCCCUCUGUACCUGGACGGUCAUGGGUUCCCCAGCCAGCCGCGCCUGCUACCCCCUUCCAUGGCCCAGCAGCAGAGCUACCAGCAGGUACAGCCCCGCCCUACACACGUCCUACAUCAGGGCUACAAGCAGGCCCAACAGGCCCAGCAGAUCCCCAUCUCCCUGCACAACUCCCUGCAGGCCCAGGCCCAGCUGGGGCUCCGUGGGGGCCUCCCCGUCUCCCAGUCCCAGGAGAUGUUCAACUCUAUCCCCCCGUUCAGGUCCCAGGUGUACAUGCACCCCAACCUCUCCCAGCCCAGCCCCCUGGUGCUGUCUGGGGGCGGCCAGCUCAAGGGCCCCUAUUCCCCGUUCCCCGGCAUGCAGCCCUCGGACAUGGUCAAGUCCCAGUCGGGCUCCCACUACCAGCCCAUGAACGGCAGCCAGCCCAUGGUCUACGACAACCAGAUGAACCAGGGCCCCGGCAUGGGCUCCUCCCAGCUCAUGGACUCCCAGCUCAUCCAGGUGGCCAUGCCCCUGCCGGGCUCCCAGCUGCGCUACGGCUCGGCCCAGCAGCACCUCAUCCUGCCCCAGUCCAUCCAGCUGCAGCAGGGCCAGAACCUGUCGGUGGGGGCCCCGCGGCGCAUGAUGCCCCCCGGCUCCCAGCAGAGAGAGCCCUCCCAGAUGGAGAUGAAGGGCUUCCAGUACGCCGACAAGCCCAGCCACUCCCCGGGCCUGCCUGGAGGGUCCUACAGGCCGGGGUCCGCCAGCCCCAGUGGGAAGCCGUCGGGCCCCGGGGGCCAGCUGCCUCCACACUACACCCAACAGGUGGCCCCUCCCCAGGGCAGCAUGGUGAUGCACAUGCGGCCCCCCACCACCGGCCCCUUCCCCACCCCCAUCCAGCGGCCCGUCAUGCAGGUCAACAAGCCUGUGAUGGUCCGCUCCCCCCCGUACCCCAACCCCGGCCGCGAGCCCCCCCACCCCACCGCGUCCUCGGCCCCCGAGCCCCAGAUGAAGGGGCCCGAGGACUGCGUGAAGAGUAAGCCCGUGGGGGAGACCCCACGCCCGGCCCUAGGGCAGGACCCAGCCCCGCCGGCCGGUGGGCCCACCAGCAGGCUCCAAGACCCCCUCUCCCCCCCCUCCUCGGCAGGCCAGGCCAAACCAGCACCGCCGCCACCACCACCACCGCCACCGCGCACCGGGGCCAUCAAACCACCGGCCGCCAAGGCAGAGGAGGGAAAGGCCUAGCCGGGGUCCUCCCAGCUCCCCCCACAACGUCCUGCCCGACCAAACCCCCUCCCUGUAAACCAAGCCCUCUCCUCCAUCACCCCCCCCCCCAACCUCGCUACUCCCCCCCCCACCCCACCUCCCUUCGGCAAGGGGAUGGGUGUGGGUGCUGCAGAGGCCACACAUGCUGACGGGAAACCAACCCCCCCCCCCUACAAAAAACUGUCUGACACGGGACACAUAUAACUCCACCAAACGUAUAGAGAUAUAUGAUUAUAUAUAUAUAUAAAUGUAUACAGACACAAUAGACACUCUUCGAUGCAGACCUCCUCCCAAAAUCUUUUAUUUAUUAACGCUGAUGUCCUGUGUUUUCCUUUCUGUCCUCGCUCGCUGCUCUCUCGGAGAGGAGCCUAAUGGAACGGAGAGGAUGUGUUUGUUUUUAUGUUAGCUUUCUAUAAAGUCGGGGAGGGGGUUGGCGGUGGCGGUGGCGGGGGGAAAGGCACCACACAGAUUAUUAACACGUUUCUUUUGUUCUGCGAGCCGUCUUGCCAAACCGUAGUCUUUUUAAGUGGACUUUGCCCUCCGGACAGACUCGCCCGGCACGCGUCAUCCGCCGGACCCCCGAGUCUGUCGGAUGUUUUCAAGAAACAACACGGUCGAAGCAGAGGGACACCUUGCAUAUUAAUUUCCUUUUGACCCUUUUUAGCAAUUAUGGAGUUGGAUUUUUUUUCUUUCUUUCAUGUCACCUGUUUGUCUCACUCGAGGACUUGUUCUUCAGAAAUAAAAGAAAUCUUAACCGAAGUUUUUGAUCAUGUGUGUCCUCAUGGCCCAAGUGAAGUGAACCUCGACAACGUCACUUGGCGAGUAAAAACCGACAGAACUGCAUAAAAUCGGUAGAAAAACUUUUUGGUUUUCCUCCAGGGAACGUGAUAUUUGCAUAAUUAUUUUCUAAUUUGUUGCUUGCUCUUAAUGUAUACCGAAGCAAAAAAAAAAUACACAAAAAAAACAACUGCAAAAUCUAGCGGACAUUUCGGCGCAAUCAUAUUACUUCCAUGGGAUCGUCACUGGCAUCGAUUCAGCGUGUGCAUGACCGGCUGGACGUAUGCAAAAUAACAGGACUCUCAUUCGGGACUUUGCAAACCAUUUAAAGAAAAGAAAAAAAGACUGACGAGAAGCCGGUGUACAUGAUGCGACAGCGUGUGGAUUUCUAUCCACUCUCAAAUCUCUGUGCUUGCUCUGUAGUUCUGGGUGGGGGAGGGGAUUAGGUGGGGUACAACAUUGACAAUUACAAUUAGGGCAUUUAGCUGACGCUUUUAUCCAAUGCGACUUACAUCGGUUAAUACACACAUUGACCCACAUUUCUAAUGGAUGUUGACCGCACACCCCAACCCUCACCCGGCUUUCCAACUAAAGAUAAUGGAAAUGUUUGCUUUGUUGUCACCUUUCUGUUUGGGUUGUAAUGAGUUUGAACCUCUGUUACGAGGAGUGUAUUAAAUGCAUUAUAUUUUCCUUUUGGUCCCAAGAUGAGGGUUAGCAUUUUCCUUUUUUAGGGUGCCUCAGACGGAUGCUCUGUAAUUCCAGUAGAAACCAGAUCUUGUGGUAAUUCAGGUCAUCUUGAAACAACUGAAAUUUGAUCAUUUAGCUUCUGGUCGCUCCAAGUGGCACUAGCAAUAAAUGCAGUCCAACUAUAAUCACAACCAUGGUCCAAAAUAUAUAUACCUAUAGUUUUCAUUUUUAACAGUUGAUCAUAAUAGGGAGAGACGUUUAGUGUUGCUUGUUGACUUUCUGUAUGAUCUUGGCUAAAGCUUUUUGUGAGCACUGCGAUUCCAGUGGACUACGAAGGAAUUUUUGAAGUGUCUGUUCUCUUUGGAAAAUGUGAAUCCGUUUGCAUCAUUUAUUCAUUUUUAUAUUGUUUUUUUUGUAAAGGAUGCUCAUUUUGAGCCUCGCUUUGCCAACGUCAUUACUGGUUAUUAAUGUUACUGCUUAGUAUAAAAGUCAUCCAAGACACUACAAAAAAAUGAUUUAUCCUUCAUGACAAAUGUUUCACUGGUAUAUCUGUAAAUGCCAUACUCCACUGUAAAGUCAACCUUUUUGUCAGUAAGGGGAGGUUAUAAAACAUGCUCUUUUUUUGGGAUAUUGUAUCACUAGUUAAAAGUGGGUGUUUUAAAAUGAAAAAAAUACAAGGUCACUGAUGUGUGCACAGAUUGAACAGAUUUCAGUUUGUUUUGGCUGUGUUUUUUCGCCUCUUUUAACCCUUACUGCUGAGGUCCCAGAUGCUACUUUAUUGUACCUGCACCAAAAUGUCGCCCUGUCUAUAUAUUUUUUUUGUACUUUCGAGAUGCAUAUUUCAUUUUAUCAUUGGACCAGCGCUUUCUAGAGCUGUUCCAGCGGUCUAUUCUAUCAGAUCUUCAUCCUUUACAGAUAUUUUUGGUCAUUACUUGCCCCUUUCCUUGUUUAAAAAGAGCUUAUUAAAGAAAAUAAAUAAAGCGGUGGUGAUUUUGCAAAUCUACUCCUGUUUAGGCUGUUUACCUUUUUUUUUUUUUCUAUUGAUGUUAAGAAGGUAAAUGGUGACUCCAUUUGUUUCUUAAAAUAAAUGAUGAGAGUUUCCAGUGUUUCUGCAACCAAAUCAUACAUUUUAUUACACAAGUCUACUUGAUUUUGGGAUUCCAUUGUGUGCCCGCUUGGCUGAACACUGAAAUAACAUAAAAAAUAUAUUAAUCUAUAAACAUAAAUAUCGUAGUAUGCUUUGAUUAAAUAUAUUAACGUUAUAUUUUACAAAUAAUGUAUGAACACAAUACGCAAUUGUCAAAGUGGCAGUGCGUUGGAGUGACGUCAGAGGGACGAAAUUCCUUAGUUUUUUUUUUCUUUUCCGAUCACAAAGGGGCCUGUCCAGACUUCUCCGUACUGAACUCUUCUCCGACUUUGUGGACGACUCGGAAGACCCGACACGUUUCAAAUAUAUCGCUCACAUUGAGCAAGAUCGAGUCGCUAAUCAUCACGGAGAGUUGCUAGAUCAGGAUGUCUACGAAGGGCGGAGUCAGGGCCGACGAGGGGUUGUUGAUGAUGCAGGAGCUCGACGAUCGUCUCAAGGAGCAGAUUGACAAACUGGAGCACCUCCGCCUGGCCUCCACAGAGCUGAAAGACUUAUCUGGGAGCAACGGGGAUCUGAGCCAGUCCAUCACGGACCAUCUCGAUUGGUUGAACCAUCUGUCCGAGCGUGUGGAGACUCUUCAGAUGAACACAACCAUUUUUGCACAGAUGAACCCAAAGCCUCGCGCCUGGGGCGGGAAGCCCGGGUCCAAGCAGAACCCCCACAGGGGGCGUUACCAUCUGGCGGACGACGCCCAAUCAGAGAUGGGCUGGCCGACUAUGCGCCGGCGCCGGGACAGUGAUGCUGGCUCUGAGAUGUCGUGUUCCUGGUGAAUGGAGUUCUGGACGCCAUGUUGAAACGUUGAAAGAGGAUAGAGAAAUGUUGUCUUUUGUCUCAGUUCAUAAUAAAUUGUGUCAUACUUUUUUCUGGGCCAUUGCAAUGGUUUGUGUUUUAUUUUAAUUAUUUGUUUUAUUAUAAUUAUUACACAACAAAUUGUCCAACAUUUGUUGUGCUAGUUUUAUGUAUACUUUUAUAGAUACAUUGCUGGAUGGUGCAGGUUGUGUGAUGUACUAUUUUGAGUUUAUGAAGGUUAUGAAGGUAUCGACCAGUAGGUAAAACAAUUAACUUUAACGUUUUUUUAGUUUUUUAAGUGUAAAGAGUGGAACCAAAAACAAAAUGAACAAAAUGUUGUGUUGAAUAAUGUUUCUGAUGAUUUUUUUAUUUGUAGUGGCUUUCAUUGCAUUAGAUACAUUGUCUAUUGACAAUGUCCAAAAUUAUUACAAAAGCGGAUGAGGUCAU